GUUUAUCAUUGUCGCGCGGUGUCAUGUACGUAUAGCCAACAGCGAGACAAUGACUUAGAUCAUAAUUUAACAAAAUUGAAAAAUUAAUACCAAUUAAUAAAACCAAUUAUUAGCAUUUUAAUAAUAUUUUGCCAAGCCGUAUAGGAGGAAAAUAUUGGAUAAAGAAAAUUGCAAUCUCUCGAAUCUUAUUAAAAUUAAGAAAAGAAGCGCUAAACAAGUAUCCACGAUGUGUUUUGCUACAAUGAUGCAAACUAUAAAGCGAAUAUUCCAUUCGGUAUAUUCAUAUAUAGCUAUUCUUGUUUUUAUCAAAUGCAUAUCAGUUUAUAUGAUAUUAGGACCGACCAGUGAUAAACAUACUGCAAUAAAUGAAAAAAAAAACAAAGGCACCAAAAAAUGGGUAUAUAACUUGGAUGAUGAAAUAAAAGAAACAAUAUCACCCACAAAUAACUCUGAAGAUUUGAAUACUCCCGAUAUAUACAUUGACUUAAAGAUUGCGUUGCUUUUAAUGAUAACAAUAAUAUCAGUGUUACUGUACUGUUGUGUCUACAAAAAAAUGGUCAAUUUCCUUCGCCGUGUCGAUCCAGCUCCUGAUAGGCGCAAUGUCCAUUAUCAAAACAAUAGAAUUGUGUUCAGAUCGGGUGAACACUUAUCAGACGACGAAAUGGAAACUGCACUUUGAUGUUUUACGCAUUGCCGCAAUUCACAUAACUGUGAUAUUGAUAAAGUCUUUUAAGUACGAUAUGAAACUCCAUUCUCAACUUCAAAUUAUCUAGACAAUGCGUUGUAAAGCAUGAUUAAUUUUUAAUAAAUGUAUUAUAUAACAACAAAAAGAAAAACUAUUGCAAACAUA